GAACAGGUUUGUGCUGUUGCUGAGGGAUAAGCAGAUCUGAGCAAAGAGGCAACACACACUUUUCACUGGGACAAAAUGGACUCUUUUGAAGGGCCCUGCCCUCAUCAGAGUGUUCCUGUUGAGAUGGAUGAGAGCAUGACACCCUCCAGUCUGGACGUGGCCUGGCCUCCCCCCUGCAAACAGUGUAGUGGACAAACAAAUACUGGCAAAACGCCACAGGAACAUGGCUAUGAGCAAGCUACAGCAGCACACGAUGCCGGCCAGCGGAGACUCCCUGAGAGCCAGUGCCAGCCCGAACCCAGAGCAGUCCCUCAUGCUGCCCCUCAACCUUUUUUCAAUCUCUCUACACACCCGGGACAGAUGAACGCCCCGCACCCUGCGGGUGUUUGGCCUCAUGGUCUCAGAGAGCAGGCGCCGCUGUAUGAACAGGACCUCCGAGUAAACCACAGUAGAGGUUUUGCAGGACCUUCAAACAGGCUCCAGGAUCACUGUGCGGAGAAGGAAGAAUUCUUGGAGCCCCCUUUCUCACUCAAGUCUGUCGAUAACUGCGCCCACUACGUCCCAUCACGGUACCCUGCAGCACGUUUACCCGGCGCCCAUCCAAUGCAGGGGAGUCGUCUCAGACAGUGUGCAUGCUGCACUCCGGCAAAUCUGCCUCGUCACAAAAAUUAUUAUUAUCAAUAUAGGCAUAAUUACCCAGCGGAUCCACGUGAGGAGCCUCAACACCAUCAACAGUCACGGGAUCCCCCCCAUAAUAGGUUGCAAUUUAAUAAAGAUGCUCCACAUUCCCCCCAUGGAUCUGUGCCUCAGUGUGUGGCCCCUCCUAGAGAUGUGAUGCGUGAGGUCAGUGUGGAGCGCUCCCUCGUGGCUGGUCCGGGGUUGGCCACAAGGGAGAUCAGGAGGACCAUCAGCCUACCUGAGGAGUGCAGGAAUGUUUUCAUCACAUAUUCGGUGGACACAGCCGAACAAAUCUUUCCUUUCGUCACAUUUCUGACAGAUCACGGGUUCAAACCUGCAAUUGACAUCUUUGAUAAUCCAAUCCGAAGAAUGGGCAUCACCAAAUGGAUGGACAGGUUUUUGAAUGAUAAAUCAGUGCUCAUAAUAGUGGUCAUCAGUCCCAAGUACAAGGAGGACGUGGAGGGCGAUGGAGAGGACGAGCAUGGCCUGCACACAAAGUAUAUUCACAACCAGAUCCAACAUGAGUUCAUCCAACAAGGCUGCCUGAACUUCCGACUGGUUCCCGUGUUGUUUCCCAAUGCAACCAAGAGACAUGUCCCCAGCUGGCUCCAGAGCACCAGGAUCUACCAGUGGCCCGAGCACACCCAGGACCUGCUGCUGCGCCUGCUCAGGGAGGAACGCUACAUCAUCCCACCGCGGGGGGCCGACCUCACCCUCACUGUCCGUCCCCUCUGAGACAAACUGAAAAGGACACCUGAGGAAAAUAACCAAAAUAAAAGAAAUGCUUCAUUUGGUCAAAACUUCAACGUGCUGUAGGUAUGACUUUGUUUCAUCUACCUUCACAAGGACUGUUAAUACUGCAGAAGAUUAGUUUUAAAAUGUUUAAAAUGUCCCUAGUUUAUGAUUCAUGUUACUGUGUUUCUAAUCCGAUACCGUAUUAGAAUACAAAUUUUGUCAUUUGAUUUGGGGCAGUGGAACUAGCUGAAAGCACAUUAAAGGGUACGUUUCGUCAGUUUAAAGCUGGACCCUGUUUUCCUAUGUUUUUGUGAUUAAGUGACUAUUGGGAACAGCAAAUUUUAAAUUCAUCCAAUAUUGAAUGAGACUGCUGCAGCGUUGAAACAGGCUGCAAUGUAACCACUGGGGGCAUUUGUGCACCGUCAGUGUACAUCCACUAAAAGUGCUUGUUUUCACCACUGACAGGCUCAGAUAGUUAUUAUAACUGUCUGUCAACAUAAUGAAACAAUGAUAGACCUUUCUGUUAAAAAUCGGAUCCCUUUUAUUUAACCAGAAACAGCCCCUUUAUCACUAUCACCAAACCCUCCAGACUCCAUUUAAAUAAACAGUCAAACAACAAAGGCAGCAUUAUU